AUGCCAACGAUUCAACAGUUAAUUCGCUCACAGCGAAUGAAAAUCGAAAAGAAGACAAAAUCACCAGCGUUACAAUCAUGUCCGCAACGCCGUGGUAUUUGUACACGUGUUUAUACAACAACACCAAAAAAACCAAACUCUGCACUUCGUAAAGUAGCCCGUGUUCGUUUAACAACUGGGAUCGAAGUAACAGCAUAUAUUCCAGGAAUUGGACACAACCUUCAAGAACACUCUGUAGUAUUAGUACGUGGUGGUCGUGUAAAAGACUUACCAGGAGUACGUUAUCAUAUCGUUCGUGGUUCACUUGAUACAGCAGGUGUAAAAGGUCGUUUACAAGGCCGUUCAAAGUAUGGAGUAAAACGUCCAAAAGGAUAA